AUGACCACAUCCGCCGGUGCGGGAAGCAACAAGAAAGUCAUGUCCCGGUCGUUUUUGAUCGACUCGUUAAUUGGCGGAGGAGCCGGUGGUGUCGGAAUCAAGCAGCAGCCCGUAGCUUCUAUCGGUCACGGGGUCGCCACGUCAGCCGUGCCUUAUCACCCUCAGUUAAACGAGUACUUGCAGUUUCUUAAUAGGACUGCGGCAGCCGUAUACCGGUAUCAGCAUCAGCAACAACCUAGCUUGUUCGCGCCAAGAUCCAUGUCGCCGCUUUACGGUGGAUUCCCGGCCACCGCUAGGUUCAAGAGCGCCGAAGACCAUCACACCGUAAGUCAGCAUCGACAAGACCGACAGACGACGGGCAACGGCCCGGUGAGACCGGUACCGCAAUUGGCGCAAAAAGCAAAACACCAAGUCAAAGUCCAACGGACAGCGGCUGCCAAAAAGCGAACCAUCGACGAGGUUAAAUGCGAAACAGAAAGUCCCUUUGUGGAUCCUUUGCGAGAGGCUGGGGUGGAAAGCGACACGGAUUCCGGUAGUUCGAAACGGAUCAGGACCGCUUUCACCAGCAAUCAACUGCUAGAACUGGAACGGGAGUUCUCCAGCAACAUGUACUUGUCCCGGCUGAGGCGCAUCGAGAUCGCCAACUGUUUGCGGUUGUCCGAAAAACAAGUGAAGAUUUGGUUCCAAAACAGGCGGGUCAAGCACAAGAAAGAGGACGGACCUACGACGGCCGCGACCAACAGAUCUAUAUCGUGCUGCACUUGCCCAAAAUCAUGUCACCAAUCGCCUACCGCAUCCGGCGAAACCGGUUGUCAGCGCACCGGCGAAAGCGAUGACCGCCAUCAGCUGCUGAACCGAGACGGUGACCAUUUCGACUAG